AUGUCUAGCAUGAGCCUCAGCAACAACCAGAAGAACGAACUCCUGUUCGUGGGCUUCAACCAAGACUACGGGUGUUUCGCCUGCGGCACGGACAAUGGUUUCCGCAUCUACAACGUCGACCCGUUCCGAGAGACCUUCCGCAGGGUUUUCAGCAAUGGAGGCAUCGGCAUCGUCGAGAUGUUGUUCCGCUGCAAUUUGCUGGCCCUGGUCGGAGGGGGAAGAAACCCACGGUACCCUCCCAACAAGGUCAUGAUCUGGGACGACCACCAGAGCCGCUGCAUCGGCGAGCUCAGCUUCCGCAGCGAGGUCAAGGCCGUCCGCCUUCGUCGCGACCGCGUCGUGGUCGUACUCGCCCAGCGCAUCUACGUCUACCGCUUCUCUGACCUGCACCUGCUCGACCGCAUCAACACCAUCCGCAACGACCAGGGACUGGUCGCCCUCUGCGCGGACGCCUCCAACAUGGUGCUCGCUUGCCCAGGAAUCAGCCGCGGCCACGUCAACGUGGAGCUCUACGACCUGAGGCGGUCCACGCUGAUCCCGGCCCACGAAUCGGAGCUUGCCCAGCUGGCUUUGAGCAUGGACGGCAAGAUGGUGGCGACUGCCUCAAGCCGCGGAACCCUCCUGAGGGUUUUCGACACCGACACUGGCUCGCUGUUGCACGAGCUACGGAGAGGCAUGGACCGCGCAGAGCGCCGGACGAGUCGCCGAGGAUGGGAGGGGCGAGGAGGAGCAUGA